UGAAGAGCUGAUGCACGGUCUCUCGCACCGACGCCUCGCCGGGCCACUUCGCCACAGUGUUGGUCAUGCUGCGCAGCACCGUCGUCCGCGUGGACCACCUCUGCUGCGGGAUGGAGGCAAAGCUAAUCCGGGACAUGCUCGGUCCGCUCGAGGCGGUGGCCGAGGUCAAGAUCUCUGUCACUGAUCGCCGUGUCAACGUUGAGCAUACAGACGGGCUCGCGCCAGAGUCGAUCGUCGACAUGCUGAACCGGAAGCACCUGGGCGCGUCGCUGCAGGACAAGUCGGUGGUCGAGUCGGUGGGCAGCAGCUUCAACCACGCGGAGAUCGUCCGCCUCACCGUCAACGCGACUCAGAUCGUACUCUUCGCGGCGACCCUCGCGCUGCCGCGCGUCGGCUUCCCAAAGAUGGCGUACGGGCUUGCGUGGGCGUGCGUCGCGAUGAGCGUCGCGCUCUUCCACGAGGCGUACCUCGCGCUGCGGCGUCGCUCGCCAAACGUGGAGCUGAUGAUGGCGAUCGCGGUGGUCGGCGCGCUGGUACAGGGCAACGUGGUCGAGGCCGCCUCGGUCGGCGCGUUGGUCACGCUGAUGGACUUAGUCAAGGUCUGCGCGCUCGAGGCGGUCGGUCGGCGGCUGCGCGGCUCCGUCGUCUCUGAGCCACUCGGCGUCGAGGUGCCCGGCGGCGGGAAAGUGCCGCUGGCGAGCCUGGCGGCGGGCGACGUGUACUUGCUGCGCGUGGGCGACGUCGUGCCUGCAGACGGAAGGGUCGUCGCGGGAACGGCCGCGCUCGACGAGUCCCGCGUGACUGGAGAGGCCAUGCCGCAGGCCAAGCGCAAGGGAGAUAGCGUCCUCUCCGGUGCGAUCGUGUCGGCGGGCUACCUACACGUGCGUGCCGAGGCGCCUGUCUCGGGCUCCUUCCAGGCGCGCGUCGCGUCUGCAGUCGAAGAGGCGAAGACGACGCUCUCGGAGAUGGAGGAGCUCGUCGGCAGGUUCGCCACUUGGUACACCCCCACUGUCCUCGGCUUGGCGGUGGCGCUCGGGCUGUACAAGGGCUUCCAGCAGUUUCUGGUCGUGGUGGUGGCCGGAUGCCCGUGCGCGCUGCUCGGCGCGGCGCCGUUUGUGCAGGGCGCGACGCUGACGCUUCUCGCGGGCCGGCACCGCCUCCUCGUCAAGCACGCGAGGACGCUCGAGGCUCUGGCGGUGAUGCAGGCGAUCGGGCUCGACAAGACGGGCACUCUGACUACGGGCCACUUUGAGCUCUUGAGGCUGGAGCCUCUGCCCGGGGCGGCGCACACGCGGCAGGUACUGCACCGAUGGGUGGCGGCUGUCGAGGACCAGGACAACCACCCGCUCGCGCGCAGCUUGGUGGCGAGCUACAAGGGCUGCGUCGCCGACUUUGUGGCCUCGGGCGAGAGCCUGCCCGCCACGAGCGGCUACCAGCGGCACGGGCGGGACGGCGUCAGUGCGACGGUCGAGGGGCGGCGGGAGAAGGCGGCGGCCGCCGCCGGAAAGGGCGAGCACGCGGGCGAGCCGCUUCCUGCCGCAGCAGCGGACGCCGCGCAGCGCCUCGCGGCGGAGAUCACGAGCGAGCAGGCCGGCAGCGGCAGCGUGCUCUAUGUGGUUGUGGACGGCGUCGUUGGCGGCGUGAUGCUGCUGGACGACGCUCUCAAGCCGCAGGCGCAGCCGCGUAGUACAGCCAUGCGCGCACACGCCCUAACAACUGCGGCGGCCGCCACCGUGCAGCAGCUGCGAGGCCUCGGCGUGCGCCCGAUCCUGCUGACGGGGGACCGCUCGGCGGCGGCCCGACGCGUGGCGAGAGCCGUCGGCAUCGGCGAAGCGGACACGCACGCGGGCUUGCUGCCGACUGUCAUCGCUUGCCCGAGUAGCACAUUGCAGUUGUUCACUGUGGCUGUGGACCUGGAGCAGAGCAUGCUGCCGAGGGCGGGUCGCGGCCCGUUGGUCGUGGGCUUCGUCGGCGACGGCCUCAACGACUGCCCCGCGCUCGCCAGCGCGCACGUGGGGAUUGUGCUGCAGGAGGUGGGCACGCAGGCGACCGUCGACGCCGCGUCGGCGGUCCUCCAAGUGGACAUCGACCAGCUGCCCGCGGCGGUCACCAUCGCCCGACGCGCGCGCCGACUCGUGCUCACCAACCUCCUGCUCGCUCUCAGCAUCAAUGUGGCUGUCAUCGGCCUCGCGGCGACGUGUGGGCUGCCGCUGUGGCUCUCGGUCCUCUCCGACUCUGGCGGCCUGCUCGUCGUCCUCGCCAACUCUCUCUGGCCGCUCACGUGGCGCGUCGGGCAGGCAGCGCCGCGGGCGCGCCACAACUCCUUUGGGCUGGGAUGA